AUGGGCAGUGAAGAAGAAAGAAGCAGACCCGGAAAUUCUUUUGCUGGAUUAUCUAACUUGCAGAUGCGUGCUCUCAAUGAUUCUAUGUCUAACUUGUUGAAUACAGGUUUGGAGGCGAUCCAUCUUAGGCUGGAUGAACUUCAGGGCCGACCAGCUCAGUCCCAAACUAGAACCAGGCGUGACCGCCCAAGGAGACACAGCCGGUCCGACCUUGAGAUCCGAGAUGAGUCCUAUGAUGAUGAUCAGUCCACCAACCGACCAAGGAGAGCUCCUAGACAACAAAACCAAGGUGAUGUCAAUCCAUUUGGUAGAAAUGAAAGAACUGAUAAUGGAUUGGGUGGUUUGAAAUUGAAAAUUCCAAGUUUUAAUGGCAAGAAUGAUCCGGAUGCCUUUCUUGAAUGGGAAAGAAAGAUUGAACUUGUUUUUGAUUGUCAAAACUUUUCUGAUAUUAAAAAGGUUAGACUUGCUGCUGCUGAGUUUACUGGCUAUGCUAUUAACUGGUAUGAUCAAGUUGUGACUAGCAGGAGAAGAGCAGGUGUGGCGCCAGUUGUUACAUGGGAUGAGCUUUCCAUGCUGAUGCGGAGACGCUUUGUUCCCGACCAUUACCACAGAGAUCUACACCAUAAACUCAGGCGUUUGCUUCAAGGUUCUAAGUCAGUUGAGGACUACCACCAGGAGAUGGAGACCUUGAUGAUCAAGGCUGAUGUAGAUGAGCCCUUAGACGCCACCAUGGCUAGGUUUCUCACCGGGCUCAACCGGGACAUACAAGACCGCAUGGAGCUGGAAGACUAUGACAGCAUGGAACAGAUGCUACACAAGGCCGUGCUGAUUGAACAACAACUCAAGAGAAAAGGUCUCUCCAAACCGACCUUUGCUUCAAAACCAACCUUUGCUUCAAAGCCAAACUAUCAAGACAAGGGUAAGUCUUCUUCCACAACAAAUAAUGCUUUUAAGACUGAUGUCCCUGCUCGUUUUGACAAAGGAAAAGCAGUUGAGAAUCCUAGCCGUGCAAGAGACAUCAGGUGCUUCAAGUGUCAAGGCCUUGGCCACUAUGCCAACCGAUGUCCAAACCAAAAGGUGAUGGUGCUCUUGGAGAAUGGAGAAGUUGAAUCUGAAGAAGACAAGGAGGAUCUCGGACCAGUUUAUGAUACUGAUGAUGAGGAAGAAGCACUUGACUUCCCAGUUCAUGGCCCCCUUCUUGUUACUAGAAAGACUUUGGACGACACCUUUGAUCCCAUCUUUGAUGAGGAGGCCGAUGGCGUGAUUGAUGAGUUUUGCUCGACCUUUGUGGAGAGCUCUGGUCCGAUCUAUGAUGAGGAUGUUCUUGAUGAGCCAAGCCAAGGUUCACUACUGGUUACUAGGCGUACCUUGAGUGUCCAACCCAAAUCCAAUGAAAAAGAACAAAGGGAGAAUCUCUUUCACUCUAGAUGUCUCAUUUCUGAUAAAGUUUGUUCUUUGAUUAUUGAUGGGGGCAGUUGCACUAAUGUGGCCAGUGACACUCUUGUAAAGAAACUUGGGCUUGUUACUCGACCUCUUUCUCGUCCUUUCAGGUUAGAGUGGCUCAAUGAGGCUGGAGAACAGUAUGUGAAGGAGCAAGUCACAGUUCCCCUCUCCAUUGGCCGAUAUGAGGAUGAGGUUGUGUGCAAUGUGCUUCCCAUGGAUGCUUGCCAUGUUCUCUUGGGCCGACCUUGGCAAUUUGACAAAAAGGCAGUGCAUGAUGGCUUCACAAACAGGCACUCGUUUGAUCACAAAGGAAAGAAGAUCACCUUGGUGCCUUUGUCACCUUCGGAAGUCCAUCAAGACCAGGUCCAACUUAGGAAGAACCGAGACCAAGACUCUAAGGCUGAUAAACCUGAGACAAGUACCAGAAACUCCAACUUCUUUGUCAAAGAAAGUCAGGUAAGGAAGUCUCUUUGCUCUCAAAAGCCAUUUCUCUUACUUGUUUAUAAAGAGUCUCUUUUGGCCUCAUCUUCUUCUGACCUUGCACCGGAGAUUCCGAGUGAAUUUUUAGGUAUCUUGCAGGAUUAUUCUGAUGUGUUUCCAGAAGAAAAUCCAAAAGGAUUGCCACCAGUAAGAGGCAUUGAGCAUCAGAUCGAUCUUGUCCCGGGCGCAUCUCUUCCGAACCGACCAGCGUACCGCACCAAUCCGGUCGAGACCAAGGAGCUGGAGAAACAGAUCAACGACCUGCUUGAGAAGGGAUACAUCAGAGAGAGUCUCAGUCCCUGUGCCGUGCCUGUCCUACUCGUACCAAAGAAGGAUGGCUCCUGGAGGAUGUGUGUGGACUGCCGGGCCAUAAACAACAUCACGGUAAAGUAUCGACAUCCUAUCCCUCGCCUUGAUGAUAUGCUUGAUGAACUCCAUGGUUCUAAGUACUUUUCUAAGAUAGAUUUGAAAAGUGGCUAUCAUCAGAUUAGGAUGAAAGAAGGUGAUGAAUGGAAAACGGCCUUUAAAACAAAACUAGGUUUGUAUGAGUGGCUUGUCAUGCCCUUUGGUCUCACAAAUGCACCUAGUACUUUCAUGCGCCUAAUGAAUCAUGUCUUGAGAUCUUUUAUUGGUCAUUUUGUUGUAGUGUACUUUGAUGACAUUCUUAUUUACAGCAAAAGCCUUGAUGAGCACAAACAGCACCUGAAAUCUGUUCUUGAAAUCCUUAGAAAGGAACAUUUGUUUGCUAACCUUGGAAAAUGUUCUUUUGGCACAGAUCAUGUGGUCUUUCUAGGUUUUGUUGUAGGUGCAGAUGGCUUGAGAGUGGACGAGCAGAAGGUCCAAGCAAUCCGAGACUGGCCCAUCCCGAAAACCAUUAGUGAAGUGAGAAGCUUCCAUGGCCUUGCCGGUUUCUAUAGGCGGUUUGUUCAAAACUUCAGUACCUUGGCCGCCCCUCUCACUGAAGUGAUCAAGAAGAACGUGGGAUUUUUCUAA